CCUUCUCUCUUUCCCUCUCAACGACUCCCACAUUUCGGUCGUCUCCACUCUUACUGCAGCUCGUGAUGGCGAAGAGGACGAAGACUAGACUCGCGUGCGUCGUGUGCGUGGCGCUCGGGUGCGCGGCGGCACUGGUCUGCGUGUGCGCGCUGCUGCUCGUGCAGAUGAACAAGUGCGGGGACUCGGGGUUCACGAACUUCGCCGUCGCCGCCGAUUCCCUCACGUGCUCCAACAUUGGCAGGGAUAUUCUGUUAGAAGGCGGCUCGGCAGUAGACGCCGUGAUUUCUGCGCUGCUGUGUACAUCACUAAUUAAUCCUCAGAGCAUGGGAAUCGGAGGCGGCUCCAUCUUCACUAUCAUGAGUAAAGACGGUGACACGACUGUGAUCAACUCAAGAGAAACAGUUCCUAAACGUUUCCCACCAAACCUGCUGGACAAAUGCCCCACUUCCAUAACAUUGGGUCAGAUCGGUCCAGCUUGGAUUGGAGUUCCCGGUGAGCUGCGUGGUUAUGAACGUGCUCACAAACUUUUCGGUAAACUUUCAUGGGAGCGACUGUUCCUGCCCGUCAUCAAACUGGCCAGAGACGGGUUUCCUGUUCCUGAGUACCUCGGUUAUGUUUUUCAAGACAAGCGAAUCGUUACUCUGGUGCAGAAUACAUUGUUGUGUCAAGUGUUUUGCCAUGAGAAUAAAACACUUCUCAGAACAGGGGAAACACUGCGAUACCCAAAACUUGCAGAUACUCUGGAAAAAAUUGCAAAAGAGGGAGCUGAUGCUUUUUAUAAUGGCACAAUCGCCCAGGAUUUAAUAACAGACAUUAAGGAAGCAGGUGGAUAUUUGUCAUCAGAGGAUCUUGAGACUUUUCAGGUGAGAGUGGGUAAAACUUUAUCAGUUCCACUGGAUGAUUUUACGAUGCAUUUCCCUCCCCCGCCAUCUGGAGGCGCUCUCCUCAGCUUCAUCCUCAGUGUUAUGCAGGGUUUUGAACCUUCUCCAUCAUCUGUGAUGGGUGAGAAGAGGAAGCUGAUGCUUCAUAAGUAUAUAGAAACGCUAAAGUUUGCGAACGGACAGAGGAAGAAUAUCAGAGACCCCCAGUACAGUCAAGACAACUCACAACAUCUGAUGAACUCAGGCUUUGUGGAUCAGAUCCGGUCAAUGAUCAGCAGCACUGAGACAAAACCGCCGUAUCUCUACAACGUCACCCGGUCCCCCGAUGGAUUCGGGACGACGCACGUUUCUGUGCUUGCAAGUGACGGCUCGGCCGUUUCUGUCACCAGCACCAUCAAUCACUUUUUUGGAUCAGCUUUCUAUUCUCCAACAACAGGGAUCAUACUCAACAACGAGCUGGCGGAUUUCUGUGGAAGAGUGGAUUCUGUGUCUCCAGGUGAACAGCCACCAUCCUCCAUGUCACCUGUAAUUAUCCACUCAAAGAACAGAGAGAAAGUUCUGGUUAUCGGAGGAUCUGGAGGGAGUCAGAUCAUUACUGGCGUGGCCACGGCAAUAAUGAACAAUCUGUGGUUUAAGAUGUACCUGAAAGACGCCAUCGAAGACAAAGUUGUUUUUGUCAACUCAACUAAUUCAGUGCUGUUUGAGCCGGGGUUUGAUAAGUCCAUGAAGGAGGCCAUGCGGUCUUUCGGACAUGAUGUACACGAUAACAGUUUAUCUCUUAACGUUGUGAAUGCUGUACUGAAAGAGCGCGGCUGCAUCACUGCCUUCUCUGAUAGCAGGAAACGAGGAAAAGCAUCAGGUUUCUGAUCACACUGGAGCAACAGGUCCCUCCAGACUCUUCUCUACUCACAUCAUAACUCUCAGCUCUUUCAUUGUACAGCAGAGGAUCUGGAUCACACAAAGUCUGUAUUAUACAGGACAAAUUCCAAAUUUAUCAAAAGUAAUCCAGGAGGAAAUGCAAUUACUGCAUGGUUCUUACUCAUAAUAAGUGUCAACUUGGUUCUCAGUUUGAUUUAUACUGUAUAUAAUGUAAACAGGAAGUUCUUCUAUGUAGGGGAUGUUUGCUGGAAGGGGGUUAUAACAGCAAAGUCAUAUUUCAAAUGAAUGUAUGGGAGGUUUUGGGGAAAAAAAUACACACUGGCUCACAGAACUUCAAAUAACUAAAUUACCAGGUUUUGGCAGAAGAACAGAAAACUGUUUUUUACAGAAAGUGGUUUUAACUUCCUGUUCAGAGGACAAACAAUCAGAACCUUGGCUUCAGUACAACACCAAAAUCCACCUCAUUCUCUGAUGGCUUUGCCUCCUUUGGAGAAAGAAAGCCAAACACAAACAGCAGGAAUAUAGUUAGGAAUUACAGACCUCCUCGAAUAGUCUCUGAUCGUGAGUUGUGUGCAUUAAAUAUCCGCAGGCAUCCUACAGGAUUUAUGUGGGAAAACUGUGGACCCUUGAACAUUUUACACAUAUAUUAAUAUAUGUUUUAGCUCUACAUUUCUACACUAAGACAUGUAGGAUAUUAAUCAGAGCGACUUCAAUUAAAUUGGUCUUAUUGAUGAAGUCUUGCAUAGAAACAUCACAGGGACCAAUUCCACCGCACAACCGUUCACUAUAAACACUCGAAAGUGUACACAGAGCAGAGAAAUGACCAAACUGAGCCAAAUGAGCAAACUGUGCUUUAACCGACUGUAAACAUGACCCUAUUUUACACUACUUUAUAUGUAGCCUUAUAUAUUGUGUAUAUAAAUAAAUGUUUGAAUACUGAUUUGUUUAAUGAAUAAUUGUUGAACUAGUUUUUGUACUGGUUUUUAUAUUAAAAGUACAGGUUUUUUUUGGUAUCUAGCGGGACAUAUAAAGCCAAACGACAGGUUCAUAUUUAUGCAUUGGACCAAAUAUGAACCUUAAAUCCCAUGAAGUGCAUCAACAUUUACUUCUAAUAGAAAUAAACUUUGUUGCACCAGAACAUUGCGGUUGUUUUAUUUUUGGUUUUUAACUUUUAAUACAUCGAUCAUAUAUCACUUCACUUCCUGCAGGUACUUUACACGUGUGUGUUGUGGAACACUAUAUGGAACAAAAAAUUUAAAAAACAAAUGUGUGCAUUUUUAUGUGUAAUAAAAUGUUUUGAAACUGCA